GGGAAAAAAAGAGGCGUCUACCAAAGCGGCUCAAACCAGGCGAACAAAUGCAAUCCAGCCAUGGACAAUAGUGGCCACCACACGGCGACCAAAAUCCUAGCGACUCCUCCAGCCAGAGAAAGCCUGUCUGCGAGGAGCAACAUGAUCAGCACUCCCAAACCCCUCGCCUUCUCCAUUGAGCGAAUCAUGGCGAGGACGCCAGAGCCCCGCUCCAUCCCCGUCCCGCAGUUCCUCCAGGGCUCCGUGGCCAAAGGCGACCCCAAGCACUCGCUGCACCUCAACUCCUCCAUCCCCUGCAUGAUCCCCUUUGUCCCGGUGGCGUACGACCCCCUGCCCAAAGCGGCCGUGGCCGGAGCGGAACCCAGGAAGGCUCAUGUAGACUCCUCUUCCUCGCCCGCCUUUAGCUGCGGCGAUCUCUUGAACUGUGCCCUGAGCUUGAAAGGAGAUUUCCCCCGCGAUGCCCUGCCCUUGCAGCAGUACAAACUGCCCAAGGCUUACCUGGCGGAGAGGAACAAGCUGGUGCUGCCGGCCGUGGACAAGUACACCGCGGGGGUUGCCUUCAAGGACUUAUCGCAGGCUCAGCUGCAGCAUUACAUGAAAGAAAGUGCUCAGAUCCUCUCCGAAAAAAUCGCCUACAAGACCUCGGAGUUCAGCCGCGGCUCCCCGAGCAGCAAGCCCAAAGUUUUCACGUGUGAAGUUUGUGGAAAGGUGUUUAACGCGCACUAUAACUUGACGCGCCAUAUGCCGGUGCACACGGGAGCCAGACCCUUUGUGUGCAAAGUCUGUGGCAAGGGCUUCCGACAGGCGAGCACGCUCUGCCGCCACAAGAUCAUCCACACGCAGGAAAAGCCGCACAAGUGCAACCAGUGCGGCAAAGCCUUUAACCGAAGCUCGACUUUGAACACGCACACGCGAAUACACGCCGGCUACAAACCUUUUGUCUGCGAAUUUUGCGGCAAAGGAUUUCAUCAGAAAGGCAAUUACAAAAACCACAAGCUGACUCACAGCGGGGAGAAGCAGUUCAAGUGCAAUAUCUGCAACAAGGCUUUCCACCAGGUGUACAACCUAACCUUCCACAUGCACACCCACAACGACAAGAAGCCCUUCACGUGCCCCACCUGCGGCAAGGGCUUCUGCCGGAACUUUGACCUCAAGAAGCACGUCCGCAAGCUGCACGACAGCGCCCUGGGCCUGCCGCGGCCGCCCGCCGAGCCGGCGCCCGAGCCGCGGCCGCCCGCGCCGCUGCUGCCGGGCCAGCAGCCGCCGCACCAGCAGUGA